GGGGGUGGGGGCACAGAUGAGCUCGGGCGGGCAGGCGCGCGGACUCCGGCACCACCUGCUGCAAAGCUCGGCUAGGAAGGCGAAAAACAGCACAGCGGCGUCCUGGGAAUAUGCAAGUUCUUCAGCUUCAGCCGCCAACUCCGGAGGCACCGCGCUCGGCCCAGGAGAGCCGGCGAGAGGAGCGGGACCCGCGAGCUGCGAGCCCUGCGCGGGCGAUGCGGGCGCCGAGGGCGACACCUGCGGCUCCUCUCGGCGGCGGCCGUCGCCUGGGCGGCAGCAGCGCGGGCCCCAGCAGCCUCGGCAGCCACCGCCGCUGCGGCCCGGGCCGCCCUCGCUUCGGUCGCCGCCUCUGAUGCGCCUGCCCGCUCCCUGCCCCGCGGCUCCGGGAGGAUGUGGGUCCUCGGCAUCGCGGCAACUUUUUGCGGACUGUUCUUGCUUCCAGGCUUUGCGCUGCAAAUCCAGUGCUACCAGUGUGAGGAAUUCCAGCUGAACAACGACUGCUCCUCCCCUGAGUUCAUCGUGAAUUGCACGGUGAACGUUCAAGACAUGUGUCAGAAAGAAGUGAUGGAGCAAAGCGCGGGGAUCAUGUAUCGCAAGUCCUGUGCAUCCUCGGCCGCCUGUCUCAUCGCCUCUGCGGGGUACCAGUCCUUCUGCUCCCCAGGGAAACUGAACUCAGUGUGCAUCAGCUGCUGCAACACGCCUCUGUGCAACGGGCCGCGGCCCAAGAAAAGGGGCAGCUUUGCCUCUGCCCUCAGACCCACGCUCCCCACGACCGCCCUGCUCCUCAAAUUAGCCCUCUUCUUGGCACACUGCUGAAGCCGAAGGAGCUGGCAGC